AUGGACUGGGAAUCUAGCCAACCAAACGGUGGGGGCAGUCAAGACUGCGUUGCCGUAGUAACAGAUCACAAUAAAUGGGAGGAUAAAAGUUGCACCGAAACGUACAACACUGUUUGUCAGAUAUACAGAGUACCGGUUGCUGAUAUAAACGAGUGUGCUACUAACCCCUGUCAAAAUGGCGUAUGUACCGAUGGUUUGGGCGUUUUCACUUGCACAUGUGAUGAAGGAUGGGGAGGAGAUAUCUGUGAUACCAUAGUCGAAUGGAAGUGCACAGCGACCAAGUGUUUCCAUCUUUUAACUGAGGAAAACACUUUCAGCGAUGCAGUCGGUUACUGCGACAGUCUUAAUCCUGUUACUCUAAACCAGACCAUCGUAACCGGGACGAGGAAUGCGUCCAUACUCUUUGUUGGUUCCGAUGCAGAAAUCACCGAGGUCGAGGAUCUAUUUGAUUUCUUCUCGUCAUCUCGUCAUGUAUGGGUGAACUGCAUCGAUGAAGACUCGGAUUCUAAUUUCGUCUGCACAAUGGAUGACGAAGGAACACUGACGGAUAUCAGAAACUUCAGAUAUGACCAGCCAAACGGAGGAAAUCAGGACUGUAUGGCUGUAGUAACAAACGACAAUAAAUGGCAGGACAAAAGUUGCUCCGAUACGUACAACACUGUUUGUCAGAUAUACAGUACCUGUUGCUGA